GGAGAGGGUCGGAGGCGGGGCUCUUGAGCUUCGGGGAUACCCCGAGGCCGCUCGGCCCGGCCCAUCCAGCAGCGGCCCUGCCCUGCCCACCAAACCAGGCCGACGGUAGCCGCUUGACCACUGGCUCAGAUCGUGCAGGGAGGGCUGACCACGGGCAGGUCUGUCGCCCCCACGCCGGGCCUGGAUGUCCGUCCCUCCCCCGCCUCCCGCCCUUCACCACCAUCCCUAGCCUCUCUGACUGAUCUCGGAGUCCAGGAGAGGAUUAACAUCUGGAGAAACAGGGGAGCUCCUUUUAUCAAGGAGACCACUAUAGGGGCUGGGUUACUCCUCAUGUCCGAAGUAAGUGGGAAAGUUGACUGACCACAGCGACUCCUAGAAUCGGCAUGAACUCCAAGAUCCCAUCUACUCAGGGCUGGUUUAGUAGCCACCCACCCACCACUGAGCCUGACCUGGAGCCUACCACUGAUGGACCCACCUCGGAGACCCUCAGCCCAGAAACCACAAGCUUCAAUGGUACCAGAAUCCCUGACACAGCUAGUGGUGCAGCUGGUGUGGGUACCAUGCUUCUAUCCUUUGGGAUCAUCACGGUGAUUGGCGUGGCUGUGGCCAUGGUUUUCUACAUCAGGAAAAAGAAGAGGCUGGAGAAACUGCGCCACCAGCUCAUGCCAAUGUACAACUUUGACCCCACAGAGGAGCAAGAUGAACUGGAACAGGAGCUGCUGGAGCAUGGGCGAGAUGCAGCCUCUUUGCAGGCCAUGCAAAGCAAGGGCAGUAUCCCCUCACAGGGUCCUCUGCAGAGGCCUAGCCAACUGGUGUUUACUGACGUAGCCAACGCCAUCCAUGCGUGAAUGACCCAAGGACAGGCCUGGACCUCUGACAGAGAUACCUGCCACAGUGCUCACAGAGCCACCCACUACCUGAUUGUCAAGAUCUAUUCUCAGGACCUGCUCGGCCAAGACAGGAAAAGGCUGGCCAGCCCCAGCUGUUCUGCGGACCCACCUGCUGAUUCUCUAGGCCAGCCAUCUGGCCACUAACCUCUCCUGGCCUGACAGCCUUGGCAUGGAGGGCAUCUUUCAAACUAGGCAGAUCCAGAGCCACUGCUAGAUUCCUUAUCUCCUGGCCACACCCUCUGCUUCUCUAAAGUGGAAAAAGUGAGGAGAGACCUGGACUGGUCCAUCCAAAUCAGUAAGCAUCCGUGAGGUCUCUCAGCCACCUAUUCCUGUAGCCAGCUGUUUGCUGUGCCCAAGGAAGAGUAAGGCUGGGAGAGAAGGAACUGGGGGACUGAUGUGGAGAGAUGUAGGCCCAAAACCUACUGAGAGGCCUCUCGUACCCACACAAAUUCACAAACAGACACGUGCCUGUCCCAGCAAAGUGGGCAGGAUGGAGACCUCUGCAUUGGCUCUACCCUCCAUGCCCACCUCCAUGGCAUGGUAUGUAGUGGGAGAUUAAGCAGGCCACUUCCUCUGACUUCUGUGACCAGGGGUGACAAGGAAGAGGGAAGCGAGGCCAGGGUCUACUGUCUACUGUAUUUCUUCCCUGGGCUCUAUAAGAGUUCUUUGUCCAUACUGGGGAACUGGGGCUCCAGGAGAGGUCUGAGGACAGAGGUCCUGGGCUGAAGGCUAAUGGGGAAAUUCCUUCCACCCAAAAAGGGGUCCCCUUUGGGAAAUCUCCCCCCAUCUAUAUAGGAAGGGCUUCUAAGUGUUUGUCAGGUGGGGAAGACAGUCCCUACACUUGGCCUCCUCUUAGCAUUGGAGGGUGGCAGCUGAUGCCAGUGGCACUUGGACAGGACAGACUUCAAGGGCGAGGCAAGUCUCUACACUAAGCAUGCAUGCACUCAAGUCAGUGCAGUGAUGUCCCCACGCCCUGCCUUACCACCAUCCCUGUCCUUCCUUGCUUGGAGGGGACACAGGCUGGCACAAAUGGAUCUUCCAUUGGCUGUCAGGAGGUGACAGCCUAGGAGGCCCCAUGGGGAAGGUUCUCAAUUUAUUCCCUCCUCUGGAUACUAUAAAUAUAUUAGCACUUGAGCAACUGGAGGGCUGUGGGUAAUUUAGGAUGCACAAAAAGCUGUAAUUUAACUCACAGUAUCUCUAUGUGAGAGCAUUAAAGAUGUAAUUAAGAUGUUUA